ACUGUUAAGGAAAUGCCUUGCCUCAGGGUGGUUGAUCUUUGGUGGCACUGGCGUAUCGCGUGAUAGCGAAAGACACUGUUGGACAUGCAGCAAGGCUGGCCCUGCAGCAUCAGUCAUCGUGUACAGCAUGUCAGUGUUGUGGAGCAACGUAAGCGCGUCGGCGACGCGAGUGAUGAUGGACCAGAUGACGACGUCAUCGCUACCGCGGCCGAUUUGCUACCACGAGUCCGAGCUAGAGGAAGAGGAUCCUGGCUACGACCGCGUCCUCGUCCAGAAUAUCGUUGGCGUCGUCGUGCCAAUAUUCUUUGGGUUGAUCGGCAUCCUCGGGCUCGUCGGCAACUCCCUCGUCGUCAUUGUCGUUGCCGCCAAUCCCGGGAUGCGCUCCACCACUAAUAUCCUCAUCAUUAACCUCGCUAUCGCCGAUUUGCUCUUCGUUCUUUUUUGCAUACCCUUUACGGCCACGGACUUUGUCUUACCUUAUUGGCCAUUCGGUAAUGUAUGGUGUAAGGUCGUACAGUAUCUAAUCAUCGUCACCGCAUGUGCGAGUGUCUACACGCUGGUGCUUAUGAGUCUUGACAGAUAUCUAGCAGUUGUGCAUCCGAUUGCUUCCAUGUCAGUGAGAACAGAGAGCCACGCGUUCACCGCCAUUUGGAUUGUUUGGAUAGUGAUCCUAACAUCCUCUAUACCUGCACUCAUUAUUCACGGUGAGUAUGGCGAGAUCCGGGCCUUGAACCAGAGCUUCCCCUGCGCCCUGCACUCGAGGGAUCAGUCCGGGUCCGAGACCGAGACCGAGGCUCUGGAAAUCCAGACGGCCUGCCGCAUUCUACCCGACGCCAAUCGGCCCCUCUUCCAGGUUACUUUCUUUCUUGCGAGUUACGUCGUACCGCUGACCCUCAUUUGUGGCCUCUACGUCUGUAUGUUACUGAGAUUGUGGAAGGGCGUGAGGGUGAGCGCAGAGAGCCGUAGAGGUAGGAAGAGGGUGACGAGGCUCGUACUCGUCGUAGUCGGUGUUUUCGCCAUCUGCUGGUGUCCCAUCCAGGUAAUACUGGUGGUGAAGUCACUAGACAUGUAUCCGCUGUCCUCGGGAACGAUUAUGCUGCAGAUAGCAAGCCAUGUCUUGGCUUAUACGAACAGUUGUGUCAAUCCUAUUCUCUACGCUUUCCUCAGCGACAAUUUUCGCAAGGCCUUCAGGAAGAUCAUUUACUGUAGAUCGCGUCAGGAUCAGCACAAUCGUCUCGGGCCGAUGACGAAAACGACGAGAGCCGCCAGCUCCGGCGACAUAUUAUAGUUACCAAAUUUUUGGAGGCGAGAUUACGGAAAAACAACACAAAAUGCACAAAAAUCUAAGUGCAGAUCAUCAUGAAAUAUUAGACGAUCAAGAAUAAAUUCUACAAAUCGUUGCGGAGGAAAGUACUAAAAUUAUCAGUGAAGUAGCAAAUGAGGUUUAACUUAUUUUUAAAGAGUUUCAGCAGAAGUUAAUAUAAAAAACAAAAA